UCUUCUCGCGAUAUCUCUCCAGCGAGGCAGCUGUACAAGGUCGUUUAAGACCUGGACACGUGUUCACGUCACCUAAUAUAUUCUAGAAACCUUGACCAGAUCACUUUAACCGUGGCUCUUGCUUUUAAAUCCGUUUUACUGCGUAGGUAAGAUGUCUAGAGGAAGCCGCAGUCGAUCCUCCGCUCCGGCAAGUCACAGCCCCGCCCCGUCCCACGCGCCAUCCCACGCGCCCAUGCCUGUCCAGCCCGCCCCUGCUGCCAUGGCCCCAGCCCAGCCCCAGGGGCCAGGCCUCAUGGCCCAGAUGGCCACCACCGCUGCUGGGGUAGCAGUGGGCUCGGCCAUGGGUAGCGUGAUGGGAAGCGCCCUCACCGGAGCCUUCAGUGGAGGCAGCAGCAGCAGCCCGGAGCCGGCCAGGCCCGCCUACCAGGAGGCCCCCAGGCCGGCCCCCGCUGCUUCCGGACCCUGCCACUAUGAGGUGAGGCAGUUCCUGGACUGUGCGACGACCCAGGGCGACCUCAGCCUUUGUGAAGGGUUCAGCGAGGUCCUCAAACAGUGCAAGUCCUCCCAUGGUGUGACGGCAUUGGUGUAAGGGUCGGCAGCCAUUUGGAAUCAUAACACUAGAAUACACUUUCAUCUCUUUGUUUGUUUGGUUGAUUGGUAAUUGUAAAUUAUGAACGGUUUUUGAUGAAACUUCAAUAAAUUGCUGCUAACUUUU